AUGAUUGUCGUCUUCGAAUACGGAUCGUCGUCAUUGUCGUCGUCGUCGUCGGAGUCGUCCACAUCGCCAUUGCCAUCAUCGUCAUCGUCAUCAUCAUCGCAAACGUCGUAUGUACAAACUGGACAAGGUGUACAACAUCAUCAACAACAACAGGGCGGUUUUGAAGCACCACUCGUACACAAACAAUUCUUUACUAUUUCUGCACCUGAGGAUCAUGAUUCUUUAGAUCGUUCCAAACACUUUGUUAUUGGACGUCCACAAAAGAACUAUCGUGUUGUAUUUAUUAAGGCACCAUCAUCAAGCAGCGCUAAUGUUAAACUUUCUGCUGAAUACGCACCUAAAGAAGAGAAAACAGUCAUUUAUGUAUUGUCCAAAAAGGAUUCAGCUUUGGAGGUUAACGACAUUGCCACACCAGCACCAACUGUUCCCAGCAAGCCAGAAGUAUUCUUCAUUAAAUACAAAACUGAAGAUGAAGCUACACAUGCUCAAAAACAAAUUCAAGCUGAAUAUGACAAAAUUGAGGGUACCUCUGAACAUGCCGACGGUGGUGUGGGACAAGUACAAUCAGUUAUUGGAUCCUUGGGCGGUGGCAGUGAUUUUGGUGCUAGUUCUACCAAUGUACACCAAACCAGUGGUAGUAUUGGUGGUUUUUCAGGUGUUGGUAGCAGCGGUGUUGGCACUGGUGGUUUCUCUGGAAUUGGAAGCAGUGGUGUGGGUACUGGUGGUUUCUCUGGAAUUGGUAGCAGUGGUGUUGGUACUGGUGGCUUUUCUGGUAUUAGUACCAGUAGUAUUGGCACUGGCGGCUUUUCUGGAAUUGGUAGCAGUAUUAGUAGUGGAUCUGGAAGCGCACAAGGCAAUACAUACUUGCCACCAUCCAAUUAGGAAUUUAAUGAACCUAACACUUUUUAAGCAAGGCACAAAAGUAUUAUUAUA